GUGUGUGUGUUUCUCGCUCUCCCUCUCUCUCUCGCUCGCUCGCCUCCCCCUUCGCACCGCGCGCUCUAUGCUCUUGCAACUCAGCGAGCGGAUUGUGUCAGAGCGGCGGAGCUCACGGCGAACAGACGGAGCGAGAGGAGGAGGAGCAGGAGGAGCAGGAGAAGGAGAACAAGGAGAAGACAGACGGCGGACAGCGGAGCCCUCCAGGACCGCGGCGCGCGGACACACACCGAGAGAGAGAGAGAGAAUCGAAAGAGAGAACAAGCGCUCGAACGGAGGAGAGCCGGGAGCGAGAGGAGCGCAGAGGACGCUGUGAGAGAGAAGGACGCUUUUAAAGCCCGCCGGGACGCGGAAAAAAAAGAUUGAGACCCCCGAAAAAAGGACUCUGAAGGGAGAGGAGAGGAGCGGAGGGUGGAGGAGAGGAGGGGAGACGGAUCGAGCGUCGCUGAGGAAGAGAGACGAGUACGGAGCGAUGCAUCACUCGGGCAACACGGGGAGAGCCAAGACCCUCUCUCACGAGACAGGGGCCAACAACCACCACAGCCAGUCCACGCUGCGGCCCCCGCUGCCUCCUCCACACAACCACCAGUCCCUCUCGCACCACUCGGCCAACAGCCUGAACAGGAACACGCUGAGGGGGGGGAGGAACCCCAUCCACGCGCCGGCCCCCGGCCCCGGGGACGGGCCCACCACCCCGGAGUCGGUGCAGCUCCAGGACAGCUGGGUGCUCAACAGUAACGUCCCUCUGGAGACCAGGCACUUCCUGUUCAAGACAUCAUCGGGGACCACCCCCCUCUUCAGCAGCUCGUCCCCCGGCUACCCCCUGACCUCCGGGACGGUGUACUCCCCGCCCCCUCGCCUGCUGCCCAGGAACACCUUCUCGCGCUCGGCCUUCAAACUCAAGAAGCCGUCCAAGUACUGCAGCUGGAAGUGUGCCGCCGUGACGGCCAUCACUGCCGCCGCCCUGCUGGCCAUCCUGCUCUCCUACUUCAUCGACGGAUGUCCUAACCUGUGCAACGGCAACGGCCAGUGCACCAUGGGUCAGCAGAGCUGGCACUGCGAGUGCCAGACAGGAUGGAGGGGCCCGGGAUGCAGCGUUGCCAUGGAGACCUCGUGCGCCGACAACAAGGAUAACGAAGGAGAUGGACUGACGGACUGCAUGGACCCAGACUGCUGCAUCCAGAGCCCGUGUCAGAACAGCCCCCUGUGCCGGGGGUCCCGGGACCCCCUGCAGGUGAUCCAGCAGAGCCCCCUGGCCCAGCCGCGCGUGCGCUCCUUCUACGACCGCGUCAAGAUGCUGGUGGGCCGGGACAGCACCCACAUCAUCCCCGGAGAGAACCCCUUCAACUCCAGCUUGGCCUCUCUAAUCCGGGGCCAGGUGUUGACCACAGACGGGACCCCUCUGGUGGGAGUCAACGUGUCCUUCGUCAACUACCCUCACUACGGCUACACCCUCACCCGCCAGGACGGAACGUUCGACCUGAUCGCCAACGGCGGCGCGUCGCUCACCCUGCGCUUCGAGCGGGCACCCUUCCUGAGCCAGGAGCGCACGGUGUGGCUCCCCUGGAGCCGGUUCUACGCCAUGGACACGCUGGUGCUGAAGACGGAGGAGAACACCAUCCCCGGCUGCGACCUGAGCGGCUUCGUGCGGCCCGACCCCCUGGUGGUGGCCUCGCCCCUCUCCUCCUUCUUCAGCUCCAACCCCGGGGAGAAGCCCAUCAUCCCCGAGACACAGGUUCUGCACGAGCAGAUCGAGGUGCCCGGCACCGGCCUGAAGCUGUGCCACCUGAGCUCCAGGACGCAGGGCUACCACACCCUGCUCAAGGUGACCAUGAGCCCGGCCGUGGUGUCCAUGGGCCUGCUGAAGGUGCACCUGAUGGUGGCCGUAGAGGGACACCUCUUCCAGAAGUGGUUCCACGCCUCGCCCAACCUGGCCUACACCUACAUCUGGGACAAGACGGACGCGUACGGGCAGAGGGUCUACGGGCUCUCGGAAGCCGUGGUGUCCGUGGGAUACGAGUACGAGUCCUGUGCCAGCCUCAUCUUGUGGGAGAAGAGGACGGCCACGCUGCAGGGCUUUGAACUGGAACCCACCAAUCUGGGAGGCUGGUCGCUGGACAAACACCACGUCCUCAACACGCGCAGCGGGAUCCUGCACAAGGGCAACGGGGAGAACAUAUUUGUGACGGAGCAGCCCCCGGUCAUCACCAGCACCAUGGGGAACGGGCGAAGGCGAAGCAUCUCCUGCCCCAGCUGCAACGGAUUGGCCGACGGCAACAAGCUGCUGGCGCCUGUCGCCCUGGCAACCGGCAUCGACGGCAGCCUCUACGUGGGGGACCUCAACUUCGUGCGGCGGAUCUACCCGUCCAUGAACACCACCGGCAUCCUUGAGCUGAGAAACAAAGAUUUCCGGCACAGUAACAACCCCACCCACAAGUACUUCCUGGCGGUGGACCCCGUGACGGGGUCCCUCUUCAUCUCCGACACCAACUCGCGGCGGAUCUACCGCGUGCGCUCGCUGACGGGGGGCCGGCUGCUGUCGGACAACGCCGAGGUGGUGGCGGGCACCGGCGAGCAGUGCCUGCCGUUCGACGAGCGCUGCGGCGACGGGGGCAAGGCCACCGAGGCGACCCUGAUGAGCCCCAAAGGCAUCGCGGUGGAUAAGAACGGCCUGAUGUACUUUGUGGACGCCACCAUGAUCCGCAAGGUGGACCAGAAUGGCAUCAUCUCCACCCUGCUGGGGGCCAACGACCUCACCUCCGUCAGACCGCUCAGCUGUGACUCCAGCAUGGACGUCAGCCAGGUGCGUCUAGAGUGGCCCACGGACCUCGCGGUGAAUCCGAUGGACAACUCGUUGUACGUGUUGGAGAACAACGUCAUCCUGCGCAUAACGGAGAACCACCAGGUCAGCAUCAUCGCGGGACGUCCCAUGCACUGCCAGGUCCCGGGCAUCGACUACAGCCUCAGCAAGCUGGCCAUCCACACGGCGCUGGAGAGUGCCACGGCAAUCGCCCUGUCCCACACGGGCAUCCUCUACCUCGCCGAGACGGACGAGAAGAAGAUCAACCGCGUCCGACAGGUGAGCACCAGCGGGGAGAUCUCCCUGUUGGCCGGCGCCACGUCCGACUGCGACUGCAAGAACGACGUCAACUGCAACUGUUUCUACGGCGACGAGGGGUACGCGCCCGACGCGGGCCUCAACUCGCCCGCCUCGCUGGCCGUGUCGCCGGACGGCACGCUGUUCAUCGCCGACCUCAACAACAUCCGCAUCCGGGCGGUGCGCGCCAACCGGCCUGGCCCGGCCCUGUCCGGCACGGGGCUGGGCGGCCUGUCGGGCGGCGGCAUGCAGUACGAGGUGGCGUCGCCGCGGGAACAGGAGCUGUACAUCUUCAACCAGGAGGGGCUGCACGUGCAGACGGUGAGCCUGGUGACCGGGGAGCCCCUCUACAACUUCACGUACGGCGCCGACGGCGAGCUGGCCACGCUGACCGACAACUGCAACAACACGCUGAGGGUGCGGCGCGACGGCCUGGGCCAGGGCGGAGGGGCGGGCCUGCUGAGGCUGGUGCUGCUGCCCGAGAACCAGGUGGUGACGCUGGGCCUGGACCCCACGGGGGGCCUGAGGAGUGUCUCGGCCCUGGGGCAGGAGGUGGCGCUGCUGGGGUACAGCGGCAGCACGGGCCUGCUGGCCACCAAGGCGGACGAGACCGGCUGGACCACCUUCUACCAGUACGAUAGCGAGGGUCGCCUCACCAACGUGACGUACCCCACGGGCAUGGUCACCAGCCUCCACCGCGAGAUCGAGCGCUCCAUCAACAUCGACGUGGAGAGCUCGAGCCGGGACGACGACGUCACCAUCGUCACCAACCUGUCCUCGGUGGAGGCGUCCUACACCGUAGUGCAAGACCAGGUGAGGAACAGCUACCAGCUCUGUAACAACGGCACCCUGAGGGUCAUGUACGCCAACGGGAUGGGCAUCAGCUUCCACACAGAGCCCCACAUCCUGGCCGGCUCCGUCAGCCCCACCAUCGGUCGGAGGAACAUCACCCUGCCCACCGACAACGGCCUCAACUCCAUCGAAUGGCGGCUACGCAAGGAGCAGACCAAGGGCCGGAUCACCGUGUUCGGCAGGAAGCUGCGGGCACACGGGCGCAACCUGCUCUCCAUCGACUACGACCGCAACACGCGCACGGAGAAGAUCUACGACGACCACCGCAAGUUCACCCUGCGCAUCAUGUACGACGCCCAGGGCCGGCCGGCCAUGUGGCUGCCCAGCAGCAGCCUGGCGGUGGUCAACGUGUCCUACUCCAGCACGGGCCAGCUGGUGGGCCUGCAGAGGGGCAGCAUGAGCGAGCGCACCGAGUUCGACCCGCAGGGACGCGUCGUGUCCCGCGCCUUCGUGGACGGCAAGGUGUGGAGCUACAGCUACCUGGACAAAUCCAUGGUGCUGCUCCUGCAGAGCCAGCGGCAGUACGUCUUCGAGUUCGACAAGUCGGGCCGCGUGACGGCCGUGACCAUGCCCAGCGUGGCGCGCCACACCAUGUUCACGCACGUGUCGGUGGGCUACAUCCGCAACACCUACACGCCGCCGGAGAGCAACGCCUCCAUCAUCCACGACUUCAGCGAGGACGGACGCCCGCAGGCCACCCACUUCCUGGGCACGGGCCGCCGCGUCCUCUACAAGUACGGCAAGCUGGCCAAGCUGUCGGAGAUCGUGUACGACAGCACGGCGGUCACCUUCGGCUACGACGAAACGGCCGGCGUGCUGAAGAUGGUCAACCUGCAGAGCGGCGGCUUCUCGUGCACCAUCCGCUACCGCAAGAUGGGCCCGCUCAUCGACAAGCAGAUCUACCGCUUCAGCGAGGAGGGCAUGGUGAACGCCCGCUUCGACUACACCUACCACGACAACAGCUUCCGCAUCGCCAGCAUGAAGCCCGUCAUCAGCGAGACGCCGCUGCCUGUCGACCUCUACCGCUACGACGAGAUCUCCGGCAAGGUGGAGCACUUUGGGAAGUUCGGGGUGAUUUACUACGACAUUAACCAGAUCAUCACCACGGCCGUCAUGACGCUCAGCAAGCACUUCGACACGCACGGGCGCAUCAAGGAGGUGCAGUACGAGAUCUUCCGCUCGCUCAUGUACUGGAUGACGGUGCAGUACGACAGUAUGGGCCGCGUGGUGAAGCGGGAGCUGAAGAUCGGACCCUACGCCAACACCACCCAGUACCGCUACGAGUACGACGGGGACGGCCAGCUCAGCGGCGUCAAGGUGAACGACUGGUCCACCUGGCGCUACAGCUACGACCUCAACGGCAACCUCCACCUGCUCAACCCGGGCAACAGCGCCCGCAUCAUGCCGCUGCGCUACGACCUGCGCGACCGCAUCACGCGGCUGGGCGACGUCCAGUACCGCCUGGACGAGGACGGCUUCCUGAGCCAGCGCGGCUCCGACGUCUUCGACUACAACUCCAAGGGCCAGCUGCUCCGGGCCUACAACCGCGGGCCGGGCGGCUGGAGCGUGCAGUACCACUACGACGGGCUGGGGCGCCGCGUCUCCACCCGCAACAGCCUGGGCCAGCACCUGCAGUUCUUCUACGCCGACCUCAACCACCCGGCCAGGGUCACGCACAUCUUCAACCACUCCAGCUCCGAGAUCUCCUGCCUCUACUACGACCUGCAGGGUCACCUGUUUGCCAUGGAGGUGAGCAGUGGGGAGGAGUACUACAUCGCCUCAGACAACACCGGGACGCCCCUGGCAGUCUUCAGCAGCAACGGCCAGAUGAUCAAACAGGUGCAGUACACGGCCUACGGCGAGGUCUACCUGGACUCCAACCCGGAGUUCCAGCUGGUGGUGGGCUUCCACGGGGGCCUCUACGACUCGCUCACCAAGCUGGUCCACUUCACCCAGCGGGACUACGACGUGCUGGCGGGCCGCUGGACCUCCCCGGACUACGCCACCUGGCCCAAGAUCGGCAAAGACCCCGCCCCGUUCAACCUGUACAUGUUCAAGAACAACAACCCCCUCAGCGACAUGCUGGACAUCAAGAACUACGUCACAGAUGUGAAGAGCUGGCUGGUGAUGUUUGGCUUCCAGCUCAGUAACAUAAUCCCAGGCUUCCCUCGACACUCCUUCUACUUUGUGGAGCCACCCUACGAACUGCAGGCCACGCAGCACUGUGAGAAUGGACAGCUCAUCACCGGCGUGCAGCAGGCGGCCGAACGCCACAACCAGGCCUUCAUGGCGCUGGAGGGCCGGCUGCUCAACAAGGAUCGGCGGGGCCGCCGGGACAAGCCGGGCCACUGGUUCGGCACCAGCACGCCCAUCAUCGGCCGCGGCGUGAUGCUGGCGCUGAAGGAGGGCCGCGUGGUGGCGGGCGUGUCGUCGGUGGCCAGCGACGACAGCCGCAAGGUCGCCCUGGUGCUCAACGGCGCCCUCUACCUGGAGGGCACGCACUACACGCAGGACGGCCGCGACUGCCACUUCUUCGUCAAGGUGGGCGCGGCCGACGGCGACCUGCUGGCGCUGGGGCUCACCAACGGACGCAAGUCGCUGGAGAGCGGCGUCAACGUGACGGUGAGCAGCCGCUCGAGGCGAGGCGCCACCGUGGAGUUCGCCGCGCCGUCGCUGGCGCUGAGCGUGCGCUACGGGCUGGCGCUGGACGUCGUGGACGAGGAGAAGGUAAGACUGUUGGAGCAGGCCCGGCAGAGGGCCCUGUCGGGGGCAUGGAGCCGGGAGCAGCAGAGGGUGCGGGACGGGAAGGAGGGCAGCCGUCUGUGGACGGAGGGGGAGAGACAGCAGCUGCUGACAUCGGGCAGGGUGCAGGGCUACGAUGGGUACUACAUACUGCCCGUGGAGCAGUACCCGGAGCUGGCCGACAGCAGCAACAACAUCCAGUUCCUCAGACAGAACGAGAUGGGGAGGAGGUAACAGCCUCCCGGGGACUUGUCCGAUUGGACGGGAGCCACGCCUCCCGUCCCGUCUCGCCGACAUUCACGUUCUUUUCGGUUCUUUCCACCCAGCCUUCUCAUUCUUGCGCCACUCGAAAUCCCGCGGAGAAUAAAAAACCAACUCACGGAACGCUGCAGGGACUUUUGAAAAGAAGAACUUAUCAGAGAAAAUAAAAAGUUAUUGUUGAUUUUACUGCCACGGGCAAAAAACAUGUAAUGUUUAUUCCAGCGUUUCUUUUCCUUUUUGUUUUGAGAAACUUUGAGCAACUCAAAAAGCACUGAUGAACUUGGAAAGGAAAGAACAAACCUGUUGCUUAACGAAUAAGGAAAAAUUCCCCUUUUUAAAAAAGAUAUCGAUAUUUUUACCCAUAUUUUUUGGAUCGACACUGAGAGUGGCCAUGACAGCUGCUGGUGGGUUAGCGUUGCACUGGGUUCUGCGGUGAGAGCUUGUCUCUAUUCAAAAAAAUACAAAAACCUCUCUAGGCAAAGGGACCAAAUAAGGGAGGCCAAGCCAUUCCCCAGAGUACGACCAAUCAAAGUAAUGGAUCCGAGGACGACGUCACACAAGUUGCGCCGAAACCAACAGCAAAAACACCAUGUGAAACGGCUGUUCGACCACAACGACAACAACAACACCACCACAACAAGUCAUCUCCCCGACUCAGGCCCCACGAUGUCCACGGACCUAUGCUCCUGCUGAGGUGGAGUGUAUAUCUCUGAGCAAAACACCAACUACUGGCUUGAACAAACAGGAAAACUAGUUACUGAGAAAUAAAUAAUAAAAUACCCUUCAAAAAAAAUUAAAUAAUAAUAAUAAUAAUAACAAAAAGGUUAUAUUUGUGGACAGUGGUAAUCACAUUAGCAUUGUUUUUGUUUCAGAAUGGUGCGAGGAGGAGAGGUAUACUACUACUACAUGUGUUUUCAGACUACACUAAAGUUCAGGAUGUUGCGUAUACUGUAGCUGCCGUAGUUUUGUACGUUUCAGUCGCGAUAGAAUUGUGAGACUUUCACCGAGGCACUUCUGUACAGAGCGUUCAAAAAACACCCUUCACAGAGUCCAGAGAACAUACAAGCUAGUGUCGAUAUCUACUUACUUUGUUCAUUUUUAUUUUAUUAUUAUUUAAUAUUCUUAGUACUAUAUGACAAUCAUAAGGGAGUCACCAGUUGAACAUUAGCGAAUUUGUUUAUUUUAUUUUGUAUAAUACGUAACAAAUGUUAAUUUUGCUUUUUGUAUUAUUUCAGAUUCAAUAAUAGUCUCGCUAAAAAAAGAAUAAUUUAUGUAAUAAAGUGUUUUAAAACGGUUUAUACUUUAAAUAAAGUCUUUAAAACUGUGAAAUCUGUUUUUUUUUUUAAAUAUAUUUCAAUGUACAGUGUAUAGAUCUACCUUUAUGCAGCACAGUAGAAUAUUGUUCAGAAUAUCAAGUUUUAUAUUUCUAAGAGGAAGUGGCUUGUAAUGUGCGGAUCUUUAGCUGGUCUUACUACUCUAGAGUUUUGUGACACUCAAAUAUUCCAUAUCUACAUUAUCAGUCCCCCAUUGGUUUUUGAAUGUUUGGUUUAAUUUUUGGUUUAGUUUGGAAGCAGAAAUAUUACUGUCCUAGACCCCAACAGCAGUAGCAGUAAUGGAUCCCUCUCACUGUGAAGAGACUCGUGCUGGAUGUCAUAAUGUACCAAAUCAGUAUUAUUAUCUAAGGAUGAUUCUUAUACACUCACUGAAACGAGACUCUUCUGAGAACCUUAUCAAUAAAAAGUACUUGUUUCCUCAA